GAGUGGGCACGCAUGAGUGCAACUGCAGGUUGCGCUUGUCUUGUCCUACGUUGCGCGACGUCGAUCCCGAAUUCGAAGCCUGAGGUGAUCUUUCUAUUGAUGUUGACGUCUCGUAUCAAUCCCGGGGCCAUGUGGGGCCAUGUGGGGAGCGCGCGAGGUGAUGAUCCAAGAAGCAAGCUCACAAAGGACGUGGGAGAUCUUUUUAAAAGGAGAUGGAGGGGGUACAAAGACCCCAUUCUUCCGGGAUUGUGGGUAGGAUCUUGCACAGAAGGGGUGACUCCAAGAAAAAAACAAUCGGCUGAUAUCCGAGGGCUUGAUUGCGUGAUGUUCAGCGGAGACACGAGGGAGAUGGAAGAGGGGACAAUAUUGGCAAAUAACUGCGGUAUAAGUAGUUGUAGGAAAGAUGUCAGACAAAGUCAUAAUAAACGGAAGUUGCGCUACAUGUGGAGUUCCGUAGCAUUGCGAAGUGAACAAGACACAGAGCACAUAAAAAGGGGGCUACACAUAUCAUAUAUAUCAGUACAGUAGGUGAUUCGACACGAGGGUACCCCAAAGUCAUUAGUCGAUUGUUGCUUCUCAUUGGCCGGUCGAGGAAUCGCUUUAUGAACGCACUGCCGAGGGUCAACGGCAUGGCAAAUAAUUGCUUGAUGCGCACAAGCACCACACGGAAUGCUUGCUGCUAAAGUUUGAGGCGGCUUCGUUGGACAGCUACACAGGAGUAAGUAACGUUUGCUUCUCAAACGCCAGUUCUCGCUACCGC